AGAGAAUGGUCGACGUUGAGAAAAUGUCGGAUGCAGAGCUCCGCGCCGAGUUGAACGUUCGCGGGGCGAAUGUUGGCCCGGUAACUGGAACGACUCGUUCGCUGUACGAGAAGAAGCUGAAGAAGUUGCUUUCCGGUGGAGCAAAGACUCCUGCUCGUCCUACCGUCGCCAAACCAGCACCAAAACCAACUCCAAAAUCCGCUCCAGCUCCAAAAUCCCCAAAAUCGCCGCCGGCCAGACGCUCAAUUCCACGUGCUGCCGCGACCGCCGCCAAUAGCACGAUAAAUUCCACGUUUAAUCGAUCGGAAAUCGAGGAAAUGAGCGAUUCGGACGAUGAUAUGCGAGACGACGACGAUGACGAUGAGGAGAUUCUCUCGCCGAAAUCCAAGCAAUCUUCGUUCAGAAGCGCCAACUCAACGGCGAGCAGUGUUGGACGCGGCCGCCCGGUUUCUUCGACGCCUAACAAGAGACUUUCUCCAGUUUACAAGCCAUCUCCAGUCCCAAAGAAUACUCCAAGAACUACUUCAUCAUCAAGCAAAACCACUAUCAACACAACUACUACUCGCAUUCCAUCAACUCCCCGGAGGAUUACCUCAGUGCCCGGGUUGAUCACAGACUUCACGCCAAGCUUCUCCACAUUCGGAAGCGAUCGCCCCGGCGCUACACCGCCAAGAAAAUCGAUUUACACGUCGAAAGUGUCCAAAGUUCUUCACGACUUGGGAAACACUACCGGAGAAGAGGAUGAUGAUGACGAGUUUGAAGGUCAAGAGACGAGUAGAAUCAUCUACAAGACAGAAGAACCCUCGCGGCGGGGCAUUGUGAAGAACGCGUGGAACAAGGUGCUCGGCUAUGGUUUCGAUGCGUCCAAGAAUCCAGGAGACAGCUAUGAUCUUCGCGCCGGUGCCUCCAGAAUCCGUGUGCAGAAGAAUCCGAGAACCGGGAAGGUGACUGUGAAGCAGACGAAUAUUUUCAACGAGGCGAUUUAUUUCGCGCUCUAUGUGAUUUUAAUUUUGUUCGUCGUGCUUGGAAUCGCCUACGCGCUGACAACAACGCAUCGCCCGAAAACUGCGGAUUUCUCGGGUUAUUGGGGAGUUUUGAAGGCGGCCGGCCGAGAUUCGCUCAAUUUCUUCUACAAUUACGCGAUUCUUCCAGUCGUUUCACUGGGGAUUUUCGUCGUUCUCGGAGCCGGAAUCUACUUUGGACACCGCAAAUACAAGGAGGCCAAGGAGCAGGAAGAGGCGAAGCUCUACGAGCUCAUCGAGCGCAUCACCGAGCUCAUCCGCGAGUCCUCAAUUGACGGCGAUCCGUACGUCUCUCAGCCACACGUCCGCGAUGUCCUCUUCCCGCCGGCAAAGAGACGCUCGGCUGAGCUGGCUCGCUGGGAGCAAGCGGUCAAGUUCAUCGACACCAAUGAGUCUCGCGUCGCUACCGAUGUUCUUGUGCUUCCGUCUGGAAAUGAGUGUGCCGUGUGGAAGUGGAUCGGAAAUCAGUCUCAGAAGAGAUGGUAGAUCAUUGUUUUGCUGUAUAAUUUUUCGAUUUUUUAACUCAAUUUUUCAUUAAAGGUGGAGUAGCGCUAGUGGGGAAAUUUCUUUAAAACAUGCCUAAGGUAUCACAAUGACCGAAUAUCAUGAUUAAAAAAUUAUAAAAUUAAAAAAUGUUUUCUAAAUUUUAGGUAUAUGAUUUCUUUUGAAAAUUGAAAAAAUCUCAGUUUUUACCUACUUCCUAUUUGAAUUACCACCAAUUGGAUUUGUUCGAUGGAGCGCGCUUGCACGUUUUUAAAUUUAUUUAUUUUAUUUUUUGUUAUUUUCCACCGAUUUUUAAUGUUUUCGAUGGAUUUUUGCUCGAGUUUUAGAGAAAAAGUCAAAAUAAAUGCAAACAGGCGUAAAUCAGUUAAAUUAAUUAAUUCAGGUUCGAAAUCGUUUAAAAGCGUUACUUUUUCAUUUUAACGCCUGUCAUCAGCGUGCCUUUUAAUCGAAAAUUUGCAUUUAUUUUAACUUUUUUUUUUCUAAAAUUCGAGCAAAAAUACACCGAAAAUAAUAAAAAUCGGUGAAAAAUAACAAAAUAUGAAAUAAAUGAAUUUAAAAACGUGCAACAAUCGCGCUCCAUCGAACAAAUUCAAUUGGCGGAAAUUCAAAUAGGAAUUAGGCAAAAACUGAGAUUUUUCCAAUUUUCAAAAAAAAUCAUAUAAAAUUUAGAAAAUUUUUUUGAAUUUUUAAAUCAUGAUAUUCGGUCAUUGUGGUACAAUAGGCAUGUUUUAAAGCAAUUUCCCCACUAGCGCUACUCCACCUUUAAUCCC